GCCGGGCUACGUCACUUCCUCUCGGGCUAGGCCGUUUGGUCCGUGGGUACCCACGCGGAUUCAGCAUGCGGAUCGAGAAGUGUUACUUCUGUUCGGGGCCCAUCUACCCCGGCCACGGCAUGAUGUUCGUCCGCAACGACUGCAAGGUGUUCAGAUUCUGCAAAUCCAAAUGUCAUAAAAACUUUAAAAAGAAGCGCAACCCUCGCAAGGUCAGGUGGACUAAAGCGUUCCGGAAAGCAGCUGGCAAAGAGCUUACAGUGGAUAAUUCAUUUGAAUUUGAAAAACGAAGAAAUGAACCUGUCAAAUACCAGAGAGAGCUGUGGAAUAAAACUAUUGAUGCAAUGAAGAGAGUUGAAGAGAUCAAACAGAAACGCCAAGCUAAAUUUAUAAUGAACAGAUUGAAGAAAAAUAAAGAGCUACAGAAAGUUCAGGACAUCAAAGAAGUGAAGCAAAACAUCCAUCUUCUCCGGGCCCCUGUUGCAGGCAAAGGAAAGCAGCUGGAAGAAAAAAUGGUACAACAGCUACAACAGGAUGUGGACAUGGAGGAUGAUUCUUAAAAAUGUGUGCGUUUGAAAAUCUCCUUUGGAGACUUAGGACUUGUUAAAUUAUUGACAUGUAUUUUACAGAAGGUCACUCAAAUGAAAGGUGAUUAAAAAUACAUCUCCUACACGGCCAUCUGCAGAACAUCAGAUUAUGGAUGGUAGAUGGUGUCUCCAUGUGAAGUCUUCCUUGAUAGAUGUGUUUAUGUAAAGAAUGAAAAUUUUCUUUUUAAAUACAGAAAUGAAUUGUGGCACCAGGAGCAUUUGUGUAAUAAUUAAUUAUAAAAAUUCAUGGAAAAGGAUAUAUAAAAUAAAAUUUUAUUUGCAGUAAAAUAUUCC